AAGCACCGCCUCUGAUUGGUCGCCUAUCGCAAUAUGUCGCCUGGGGGCGGGGGGGGCUGCGGAGUCGUCCAGCGCGCGAGCGGGAUUGGCUGGAGGCCUGCGGCGCCGGCGUCUUCGGGUGCCCAGGAGAGCGCGCAGGGCUUCACUCGGCUGCUGAAGGAUCAAGCAGGUCUUGAAACCACGGAGCCCGAGCCGGUAAAGGCCAGUCCAAGAAGGAAACCUUCAAUCUGAAGCCGCUGGGCCAGAGGCGGAAGGGAGACUUGCUUUUCCUUCUUGGUAACAUCGUCCCUUGGCUUUUCACCUGGUUCUCAAGUUGAGGGUCUCUUUCCCUCAGUGACUUUCUGGCAUGUGAGAUAAUCAGAAGGUAGUGCAGUGCCAGGCUUUGUCUCCAGGAAGACGCCAGUCCCUCUGUGGACCCUUCCUCGAGGCAGAGGAUCCGAUGGCUGCAAAAUCCCAGCCCAGCGCUCCCCAGCCCGGGAGUCCCGGCCACGUCACCAACGGCAAGGCAGCGUCUCAAGGCCAGUGGGGCCGCGCCUGGGAGGUGGACUGGUUCUCCCUGGCCAGCGUUGUGUUCCUGCUGCUCUUCGCGCCCUUCAUUGUGUACUACUUCAUCAUGGCGUGCGACCAGUACAGCUGCUCGCUGACCGCGCCCCUGCUGGACAUCGCCGCCGGCCGUGCUAGCCUGGCAGACAUCUGGGCCAAGACCCCGCCGGUGACCACGAGAGCCGCCCUGCUCUACACCUCGUGGGUGGCCUUCCAGGUGCUCCUGUACACGAUGCUUCCCGACUUCUGCCACAGGUUCCUGCCAGGCUACGUGGGAGGAGUGCAAGAAGGGGCCGUGACCCCGGCAGGCGCCGUGAACAAGUACCAGGUCAACGGGCUGCAGGCCUGGCUCAUAACGCAUCUCCUCUGGUUUGCCAACUCUCACCUCCUGUCCUGGUUCCCCCCCACCAUCAUCUUUGACAACUGGAUACCGCUGCUCUGGUGCGCCAACUUCCUGGGCUACACUGUCUCCACGUUCGCCAUGAUCAAGGGCUACUUCUUCCCCACUAAUGCCGAGGACUGCAAGUUCACAGGCAACUUCUUCUACAACUACAUGAUGGGCAUCGAGUUCAACCCCCGCCUCGGGAAGUGGUUUGACUUCAAGCUGUUCUUCAACGGACGCCCCGGGAUUGUGGCCUGGACCCUCAUCAACCUGUCCUUUGCAGCUAAGCAGCAGGAACUCUACGGCCAGGUGACCAACUCCAUGGUCCUGGUCAAUGUCCUGCAGGCCAUGUACGUGCUUGACUUCUUCUGGAACGAGACCUGGUACCUGAAGACCAUCGACAUCUGCCACGACCACUUCGGCUGGUACCUGGGCUGGGGCGACUGCGUCUGGCUGCCGUACCUGUACACGCUGCAGGGCCUGUACCUGGUCUACCACCCCGUGCAGCUGUCCACCCACCACGCCGUGGCUGUCCUGCUGCUGGGCUUGCUGGGCUACUACAUUUUCCGGAUGGCCAACCAUCAGAAGGACCUGUUCCGCCGGACGGAUGGACGCUGCCUCAUCUGGGGCCGGAAGCCCAAGGCCAUCGAGUGCGUGUACACGUCGGCAGAUGGGCAGAAGCACCACAGCAAGCUGCUGGUGUCGGGCUUCUGGGGCGUGGCCCGCCACUUCAACUACACGGGCGACCUGAUGGGCAGCCUGGCCUACUGCCUGGCCUGUGGCGGCGGCCACCUGCUGCCCUACUUCUACAUCGUCUACAUGACCAUCCUGCUCACCCACCGCUGCCUCCGGGACGAGCACCGCUGUGCCAGCAAGUACGGCCGCGACUGGCAGCGCUACACUGCCGCCGUGCCCUACCGCCUGCUGCCCGGGGUCUUCUAGGGCCCAGGAGCUCUGGGGCCGUGACGAGCGCUGAGCCCGGCUGGUGGGGCUGGCGUCCCAGCCCUCUGCGGGAGCCCAGCACCCUCACCUGGAGACACAGCGCCCGGCAUUGUGCCAGGGGGUUCUGGGUUCACCGCUGCCUCCUGCCAGCUGGCCGCUGGCGCCCUCUGGUCUGCCCCCAGGGCAGGAGGGACGGCCCUUUGUAACUGUUCACGUGGGAGCCCAGGCUGCCGCUCUGCCCAGGGGAACCCGCAGCUGAAGCCCUUCAGGCCAUCUUGUCCCCGAGGCGAGGACGGCUCUGACGCCUGCGAGAGAAAAGUGGGACCAGGAGCUGCACACAGCAGGCUGCCCACACCCACCUCACGUCCACUCUGUGGCCAUGGGCAGGCCCUGGGGACAGCCCUCCUUCGCCGCCUGCACACUGGUAACUGGUUAGCCGAAGGCACCUGCACACUGGUAACUGGUCAGCGGAGGGCCCGAGGGACACCGCAGAGCCAGGGCGUCUGGUUGGUUUCCUUUUGCUCCUGCUGCACAGCCGCCAGGGGUGUGGCAUGGUGUGUGCAGGACCAGCCAGCCCAGCUAUGGCCUUUCUGAAAUAAGGCCGCGGGCUCCCCAUGCCCGGCUCCAGGGAGGUCACCCACCAGCCUCGGCCACCUGCCUGUGGAAGGUGUGUCCAGCUUGCUGCUGACCCUGAGUGGACUCUGGCUCAGAGAGCUCCAUCCCUGGCUCAGAGAGCUCCAUCCCAGGCCUCGCCGUGCCUUCGAGGAGUCCCCGCUUGGGAGGGGCUCCCUCCCAGGGCUUUCCUUACCAGCCCUGUCCCAGACUCAGGGUUUCUGAAAGCUAUCUUCAGACCUGAUUCCACAGCACACCUGCUCCUUUUUUAUAUUAAACGUUCCCUGUUCAAAUAA